AUGCCAGCGCAACUGGCGGCGUGGCGUUUCCCAGCAGGUGCCAUGGGAGCAGAGUAUUUAGACGCAAGGGAUCGCGCCAAAUCCCCCCUUCCCUUCUUGAUCUCUUCUCUUUCCUCAUGCAACCCAGCAGGCACCUUUGAGGCGCCUCAAAAGCCCAGAGGUGCCAUGGGAGCAGAGUUUUUAGGCGCAGGGGAGCAAGCGGAACCAGCAGUCGAUUCACCUGUGGAUGAGAACCUCUCAGGGGAGCCAGUGGCGGAGGGCCGCACGCCAAUGACUCUGGAGCAGUACCGUGCGUGGAAGGCCAGGAAGGAUCAAGAGGAAAGUGCAAGGAAAGAGGAGGCAGCACGGAAACGAGCGGAGGACAUAGCGGCAGGGCGAGUGCCAAUGAAUGGAAGGGAGCUGUUUAUCCAUGAGCCCUGGACGCGGGAGCAGGCGAUGGCAGAGUUCAAGAAGAACCCACAUGACGCCGAUAACCUCACGAAGCUCGGCCGGACACUGGUGGAGCUGGCGCAGUUCAUCCAGGGGCAAGAGUCCAACGAGAUGCUGGACGAUGCCGUGUCGAAAUUCGAUGAAGCACUGAAGAUCGCCCCCUCUCGUCCGGACACCCUGUGGUGGCUCGGCAACGCGCACACCACCAGGGGCUUUCAGACUCCUGACGCUACCCUGGCGAACGUCAGCUUUGAAAAGGCAUCCGAUUGCUUCAGGAAGGCUCUGGACGCGGACCCAAGCAACGACGCUUAUCGCAAGUCCCUGGAGAUUUCACUCAAGGGUCCUGAGUUGCAUCAAGAGGUGCAGAAGCAGAUGGCUCUGCAGCAGGCGCUGGGAGCGGCUGUUCAUCCGUCAUCCAUGGACGCUCCCAAGGUCCAGAAGAAAAAGAAGAGCAGCGAUCUGUGGUAUGACGUGGCAGGGUGGGUGAUUCUGAGCGUGGGUGUGGUGGCAUGGCUCAGCAUUCUCAGUGCCAGGGCGCCGCCUCCUGCUGCUGCCAAGUAA